UUCACUUAAUUAUUCAUACCCAGAUCACUAAGUUUCGAGAGAUUGGAUCAAUCUAGUAAGAUUGGGGAAAUCGAGAGGAGGGCGCUUUGAGCCAAUUCAAUCAGAUAUUCUAAAGACAUGAGUAGACUACUAUAUGACAUCCCUGGUCAAUUGAAGAACUUAUGGGACUUGUGGAAUCUUCGAUGUUGUAUUAUGCUGAGCCUCUUCUUACAAGCAAUUUUAAUAUUGUUUGCAACGUUCAGAGAUCGUAAUAGACGCAUAUGGUUCAUCACUACAAUUUGGUUGGCCUACUUGCUAGCUGACUGGGUUGCUGCUAUUGCCAUUGGGUUAAUUACCCAAAGCCAAGGUGAGGAUGAAACUUGUGAAUCCAAGUCCCAUGAAAUGUAUGAUAAGGACCUUUUCGCAUUUUGGGCUUCUUUUCUUUUGUUGCAUCUUGGUGGUCCAGAUACCAUAACAUCUUUUGCUCUUGAGGAUAAUCAGUUUUGGCUUAGGCACUUUUUUGGACUUAUAUUACAAGGUUUGUCUGCUAUUUAUUGUUUUUAUUUAACGCUUCCCAAAAACAAGUUAUGGCUUCCUACACUUAUUGUGUUCAUGGUGGGAGUCAUCAAGUACUUGGAGAGGACAAUGGCAUUUUAUUUUGCAAGCUUAGACCAUUUUGGAAGCACAACAUUGCCAAUAGCAGACCCUGGGCCAGACUAUGAAGAAGCUUCGACCAUCUACUCUUCGAACUUGCUUCAAUUUUCAACAGAGGAAGAGAUGAUGUCGUCAAUGGGGAGUAGUAUAUCAUAUGAUAAUGAUUUUGAUUAUGAUGUUAGAAAGAUUGAUGGUAGUUCGGUCAUUUCUGAAGAGAUAACACUAUUGAAGGUCGCACAUAAGUUGUUUGAAAAGUUCAAAGGUCUCAUUGUUGGCUUUUAUUUGACAUCCAAAGAUCGAGAAUUGAGCAAGAGUUUGUUUAUGAGAGAUGAUGUUAAUGCAAAAUAUGCUUUUAGAAUAAUCGAGUAUGAGCUUAGCUUCAUGUUUCAUGUUCUCCACACCAAGGUGGUUGUAGUCCGUCAAAAAGUUGGUUACUUCCUUCGUGCUUUUUCAUUUUCUUCACUGUUGGGUUCGUGCAUAUUUUUCUUUUUGGUUGACAAGGAAGGAUUUGGUAGGAUUGAAGUAGCUCUUACUUAUGCCUUGCUUAUUGGAGCCAUUUUCCUUGAUGCCAUCUCUAUCAUCAUGCUUGUUUUCUCUCAGUGGACAUUUGUCUCCCUUGAUGUUCAGAAGAAAAAUUGGAGUAAAUAUAUUCCUGCAUGUGUUUUAAAAAGACCCAGAUGGUCGAGUUCUGUGCUCCAAUAUAAUAUGAUUGAUUAUUGUCUUACAGAAUGUCGACUUUCAUGGUUUUACAUUAUUGCAGGCUAUAUUCGUGCUUCAGAUUUUCUUGACAAGAUAAGGGUCAUGUAUUUUUCAACUUUUAAAAAUGUUGAUAAUGAUCUAAAGGAGAUUAUUUUCAAUGAUUUGACAAGAAAAUCUAGACAGGCAAGUAGUUUGAAAGAGGCAAUGGAGGCAUGUCAACAAAGAGGUGAUGCAGCUCUCAUGUACGUCAGUACCACUACUACUUCUACUACUAGUACAACUAGUAGUAGUAGUGAUUUUAGUAUUUACAUUAAACUAAAAUGGAGCAUCAGUGAGUUUCAAUAUACAGAAAGCCUUCUUCUAUGGCAUAUAGCUACUGAGAUUUGUUUUGUUGAUGAUGGAAAAGCAUCUAGCAGUGAUGAAAUAAAAAAUUGCAAAAUCAUUUCAGAGUAUAUGUUUUAUUUGUUGGUCAUGCAGCCUGCAAUGUUGGCACCAGUUUUGGGAAAUUGGCACCUUGUGUUCCGAGAUACUUGCGCUGAAGCCAAGAGGUUUUUCAAGAAGUACACUAUAUCAGACCAUGAGAAAGCGAUCGAGAAGAUGAACAAUGUGAAAACAAAAUUCAGACCAACUGCUGUGAAAGGAGUGAAAAGCAAGUCUUUGUUCUUUGAUGCAUGUAUACUUGCUAAACAACUCCAAACAUUGAAUAACAACAAAUGGAAGGUAAUGAUUUCGAUGUGGAUGGAGUUUAUGUCGUAUGCAGCCACUAAUUGUCAACCAAUUGUACAUGCUCAACAACCAAGUAAGGGUGGUGAACUAUUGACUUUCACUUGGUUACUAAUGAAUCAUUUGGGUUUGGGGACACAAUUCUCCGAGGAAGAAUCUGGAACAAAAAUGGCGACAGUGAAGUGA